UAGCAUCUAGAGAUGGCAAUCAAACCCAUGGGUAUCCGACCGCCCCCGACCCAGUCAAAGCGGGGAAUCUCUGUAUUGACCGGAUAUGAGUAAAACCCGCAAAAAGUUUGAUGGGUAUGGGGCGGGUAUGGUUUUAGCCUCCCCGUCCCAUACCCAUACCCGCCCCACCAAAAAUAUUUCUUCACAUAUGAAAAAUAUGUGAAUCGAUUUGUAACCUAUCAAUAAUAGUGAGUAUAACUCAAUAAAAAUAUAUAGUAGAAAUGCAAUUAAGUGAUCACCCAAAUUAAAAUCUAAUUUAUUUGUCUCAAUUUUCCCUUCACUCUUUCACUUUUUCCCCUUGUUAACAAGAUUAUGUUAGUUAAUUAUUACUUAAUAGAUGUAUCACAGUAGAGAAUAAUGAUUGGAAUGACAUUGUACUCUACUCUGAUAUGGAUUAAUGGAUGCUUUAGGAUAAGAUGCUUUGAAUCGUAUUAAAAAUGAUUGUCUCUUUGUAAACUUCACGAUAUAGUAGGUGCGUUUAAUGUUAUAAUUGAAAGUCUACAUGUAAAAUAUUCCGUAUUAUAAUGUUGGAUGUACGGGGCGGGUAUUACCCAUGGGUACCCGAAACCCAUGGGUAUGAGGAUGGGUUUGCAAAACCUUCCUCCGCAUGGGUUGAGGCGGAUAUGGGUAUAGAUAUUUGAAAGCGGGGAUGGGGAUGGUUUAGGCAAACCCGCCCCAUUGCCAUCCCUAAUAGCAUCUAGCAUUCUAGCUAGUGUUUUCUUUUUAUUAAUCGUAGAUAUCAAGAAGGUUUACAAUCAACAAAGUCAGAAAUAUUGCAAAUAGUCGAUAAAUAAUAAAACCAAUAAUAAUAAAACACUUUCUAACUAAAUGACAAAGGAUUGUGAAACAAUAGUGGAGUUAUACCGAAAAAUUCAGUGGUACGGUAUUUAGUACUGAAAGCAUGGUUUAACAGUGGUUCACUCGUUUUUUGUCGUUAAAACUGCCUACCAUUUUGCUCUCGAUGUCUGAUAUUUUCGGUCCGACCAGCUGGUACGAUAUGGUUUCUUAGUAUUUGCUAAGUGGACAUCCCUAUUAAACCGACGCAACAUCUAAGUACAAAAAAAAAAAUGCUAGAGAAAGAAUAAUAGAGUCGAGAACAUCCUCCAUUAUGGCUUGCCAAAGAUUGAAAAACAAUACCGACGGUUCGACGAGAAAAAUCUCCCACCUGAUGCUAAAUCGGUAAGAAGCAGUAUUCAACGAUAUGAAACGAUUAAACCCGGUUAAACCACGAUUUAGACAUAAAGUACAUUAACGCUGACUUUUUCCGUACAAGCUUUGAUACGUUCUUACAAUCCUUACUCCUCCCGUAGAGCAUAGGUCACCUCUCCCGUCCAUACGCGUGGAAUCACCCGUUGCAAGUAGCAUCUAAGCUAAGCUAGUUUCAAGGAAAAGGAAAGAUGGAAUCCCAAUAUUAAUUGAUUUUCCAAUAUCUAUCCUUUCUAUAUAAUCCUCUCUCUAAAAUCUAAAUACCCAUAACCCAUCCCCACCAAACUCUCCAUUCCACACUCCCCACAGAAAGCAGAGAAAACAGAGUACUCUGUUUCUUGCGAUUCCAUGGUUGAGGUGAAAGGAUCAUCGCCGGCGAUACAAGGGGAGAAGAGGUACGCUCUGCUGAUGGCCGCCAGGGACCCCGACUACGUGAAGAAGGCGCACGGUGGCUACUUCAACGUGUUCCUCGCCGCCUUCGGCGACGAGCAAGGGGAGAGAUGGGAUUCGUUCAUGGUGGUCGACGGUGAGUUCCCUGACAAGAACGAUCUCCAUUGCUACGAUGGGUUCGUGGUGAGCGGAAGCCCUUGCGAUGCCUAUGGAAACGAUGAGUGGAUCCUCGAGCUCUGUCUCCUCCUCCAGACUCUCCACUCCUUGAAGAAGAAGGUCCUCGGAAUAUGCUUCGGCCACCAGGUUUUGUGCAGGGCAUUGGGAGGAAGAGUAGGGAAAGCGACGACAGGAUGGGACAUUGGUCUAAGAAGAGUGAGGAUCAUGGAAGAUCUACUGCCAGCAGGGAGCAGCUUCCUGGAAGAUUUGAGCCGAAUGUCGCCGCCAUCUCUAUCCAUCAUCGAGUGCCAUCAGGAUGAAGUUUGGGAAGUCCCGUCUGAGGCCAAGGUGAUUGCAUUCUCGGACAAAACUGGGGUGGAGAUGUUCGCCAUUGGAGAUCACAUCCUCGGCAUUCAAGGCCAUCCUGAGUACACCAAGGACAUCGUCUGCAGCAUCAUCGAUCGCCUCCUCGACGACUGUUGCAUCGAGAGGGAGUUUGCUGAGAAGGCCAAGUGUGGGUUGGAAGGAGCUGAUGAACCGGACAGAAGUCGUUGGGAGAAGAUCUGCAGGAAUUUUCUCAAGGAAAGCUAGAGAGAGGCCAUUGGAAUGGAGUGUUCAGUGAUCAAGUUGGUUUGUAUGAUAGAUAUCUCAUUAUGAAAGAAAAAGAAGCAAUUAGGGUUUGUUUACACUAGCUUUUUCUAUGUAAUAACUGAGUGCGAACAACGAGUCGAGUUAACCAGUCGAAAUCGUACGAAAAGAAAGAAAACUAAGAUGCAAAGUUGCAAAUCCAGAAAAUAAUAUGCAUGCGAGAUGGUUAUUGCUGAAUCAAAAAUAUUGUAGCUCGAGAUGUGACUUUUAUAGUGGCCAAAAAAGACGUCCUGCCCUUAAGAUCUUAAUACCGAGGCAAGGAAAGAAUGUAUAAAAGAGUGAAGAAAGAAAGCUAAGAUGGAAACCCAAAAACGAUAUAGAUGAGAUGCUCCCGCGGGUUGCGGGUGAACUGAAACUGUUAAUUAAUCUGUUAUAGUUCGAGAUCUGAUCGUAAAUUUUCGCAGUCCCUUGAGAUCUUACCAUAGGACACUAACCAUGUUACAAGUUGAUAACCAACACACCGAAAUUCUACAUACGGACAUACCUAACUUUUUUUUUUGUUCCAAAAAAUGGGCAGAUUGUAAACUAAGCCAAAUGACCCUUAAUAAGGUAAGCCACCUUCUUUCUAGUGAUAAUGCUAUAAAAUUUACUAGUCAAUGAACAUUCGAUCGUAUAUGUAGGACAUGUUUGGACUGUACUAGGAAACAUUCAUCAAUGGCAUUAAUAUAAAAAUGUCGAUCGGGGAACAAGAUUGAAAGAAGAGCAACGUGGUAGUGAUGUGUUUGCAUUGGAUUCAAAGGAGGAUUAGGCAUUGUCUCACACGUUCCCAACAUGCUCCAAUAUAUCAUAUAUACUGGAAAAGGGAGCUCUGUCUGAAAAUCUGCAUGAUAUCGUGGGAACUGGGAAGACAUUCUAAUGACAUCAUUAUCACUGGUCUAGCACGUAGCAUACGCAAUACGGAAUAGGAAUGAGGACGGGACAGGUCUGUCAGGGCGGAUAUCUCGAUAUCCAUACACGUUUUAUUGUAGGGCGGAUUUGGAUAGUUUAUCUUGAAAAGUGGGUUGAGGCAGGUCGUUCCAAUAUUAGUAUGUAUUUUGAAAUAUAAAGAGAAAGCACGUGAGAUACUAAAUGUUUUAUUACAAAACAACGGAGAAACAAACUAUGACAUGAUAAAUGAGGUUAAAUUAUUUGAGCAAUGUAGGUUCUCACCUAAUUACAAUUGAAUUAUAGACAAAGUAGUCAAAAUCCCGAUUUAAAUCCUAAAAUCCUACGAUUUUACGAUUGUAUUUACCUGUUCCGAUCGAGAUUUCACUAUGAAAUCUAUGGAUAUUAAAAUCCUACACUAUUCACGAUUUAAAUCAUUAAAAAGUUUAAAAUCUUACGAUUUUACAAUUCAAAUCUUUGGGUCAAUCUUACUGAUUUUCCCUAGAAUUUGCAAAAUUACGCCUCUUUUCCUUCUCCUCCACCAACACCAUCUAGUUCUCUCACACUAACCACCGUCAAUUCACAUAAACGUUGAAUUUGUACCGUAACAUUACUCGUACAAGUUUAGUUUUUACACCAUAAAGAAUUUUUUUUCAAAAACAUAUAUUUAUAAAUUGAAUUUAUACAUGUUCAGUUUGUAUGAUAAAAUAAUUUGUUAAAAAAUAUAGGUUCAACCUUAAU